CAGACGGGCGUCGGGGCCCCCGCCGGCUGAUGCGCUGGGGGCUGGCGCUGCUCCUGCUGGGCCACGUGAACCUGCUGCUGGGGGCCGUGGUCCACGGCACCGUCCUGCGACACGUGGCCAACCCCGCCGGACGCCUCACCCCCGAGUACACCGUCGCCAACGUCAUCUCCGUGGGCUCCGGCCUGCUGACCAUCUCCGUGGGAAUCGUGGCCAUCCUGGCCUCCCGGAACCUGCCGGUCGCCACCCUGCACUGGGUGCUGCUAGCCGGGUCCCUGCUGAACCUGUUGCUGUCCGCCGCCUGCUCCUUGGGCCUCCUCCUCGCCAUCUCGCUGACCGUGGCCAACGGCGGCCGCCGCCUCAUCUCCGGCUGCAACCCGACCCCUCUGGGGCACGCUACGCCUUCGGCCCGGGACUUCCUGGACGCGGACUGUCCCUUCGAUCCCACCCGCAUUUACGACACGGCCCUGACUCUCUGGCUCCCUUCCAUGUUCAUGGCCGCGGCUGAGGCCGCUCUCUCCGGCCGCUGCGGCCUAGCCGCCCUGGCCCUGCGUGGGGUCGGACCCUUUGGGGAGGAAGGACUCCUGGAGAAGCUGGCCGAGCUGGGAGACGCUGACUCCUCUGAAGUGAAGAAGAAACAAGGGUGCCAGGAGGAGCGUUCACAGCUUUUAAUGCUGGAAAUUAGGGAAAGCCGGGCCUAAGUCAGGUGAGGGCAGAGAGGGAGACUGUGUAACUGAAUAAGUGAUUGAGUGGAGAGGGGGAGAAAUCCCAAGUUUUCUUCCACGUCUCUCUCCUCCCCUCCCGUUGUCCUCCUUGUUUGUCUUCUCUGAGAAGGGAAGGAAGGCUCUCUGUUGUAUUAUUUUCCUCUUGUGCCCCAGGUGCCGCUCCUGGAGUCGUCAUACCUGAGGUCCCCUCGCUGGGAUGAAAGUGCGCUUUCCCUACCCUCGGGAAGAGUCUGGAGUGCGGGCCACAGCCCUAGUUCAUAAUGACUGUAAUAAAGGGACCGGUCCUCCCCACCCCA